CGAGCGACCCUUUUUUACCGCUGUUCGUUUCUGAAAAACGAGAAAAUGAAAUUGUAGAAACCGAUCGGAUCCAAAUAUCCUUCUUCUUGUCUUAUCUACACGUGCCGCAUUUUGAACUUAUCCAACAGAAGAAAGAUGUGUCUGAAGCUCUCCCGCUCGCAUGGCGAAUCCUCUAGUUCUAUAAUCUGACCUCGUUUUGGCCAAACCCACUAAAACGGCGUCGUUUCGGUUAUCCGAUGCUGACGAAAGGUCUUCACUUGUUGUCUUCCUCAAUCUUCCACCGCUUUGCUUCUCGCAGCAUCGCGUCUCUGUCUUCUUUACCCGGAAGAAGAAUUCGCGUCCGUACAAAUCAUCCUUCGUUUUCUUUCCCUUUCUCGCCGGUUAUCUCGAGACCCAUUUCCUCAGGCAAGGUCUUGGCCAUGGCGGAAGGGACCUCUUCUUCAACCUCGUCCACAUCUCAGAAACAUACCAACCGUUUAGCCGCCGAACACAGUCCUUAUCUUCUUCAACACGCGCACAAUCCGGUUGAUUGGUAUCCAUGGGGAGAAGAAGCUUUUGAAGAAGCAAGGAAGAGAGACGUGCCCAUCUUCUUAUCAAUUGGAUACAGUACAUGCCACUGGUGCCAUGUGAUGGAGGUUGAGUCAUUUGAAGAUGAACAAGUGGCAAAACUCUUGAACGAUUCGUUCGUUAGUAUCAAGGUGGAUCGAGAAGAGCGGCCUGAUGUCGAUAAGGUCUAUAUGUCGUUCGUCCAGGCUCUGUACGGCGGAGGAGGGUGGCCACUCUCGGUCUUUCUUUCACCUGAUUUGAAGCCAUUAAUGGGUGGAACCUACUUUCCUCCAAAUGACAACUAUGGAAGACCAGGAUUCAAGACCCUCCUUAGGAAGGUGAAAGAUGCGUGGGACACUAAGAGGGAUACGCUUGUGAAGAGUGGUACCUAUGCUAUUGAAGAACUAUCAAAAGCUUUAUCUGCAAAUGCUGAAACUGAUAAAUUGCCUGAUGAGCUUUCUCGGUCGGCUGUGAGUAUAUGUGCAAAACAACUUUCUCGGAGCUACGAUUCGAAAUUCGGUGGGUUUGGAUCUGCGCCAAAGUUCCCAAGGCCUGUGGAGAUCCAGCUGAUGCUUUAUCACUUCAAAAAGUUGAAAGACUCUGGGAAAGCGAGUGAGGCUGAAGAAGACCAGAGCAUGGUUUUGUUCAGCUUGCAAGGCAUGGCAAACGGAGGGAUGCAUGAUCACAUUGGAGGCGGGUUCCAUAGGUACAGCGUCGAUGAAUGUUGGCAUGUUCCGCAUUUUGAGAAGAUGCUAUAUGAUCAAGGGCAACUAGCUAAUGUCUACCUUGAUGGCUUUAUCAUUACCAAAGAUGUCAUGUAUUCUUAUGUGGCAAGAGACAUACUUGAUUAUCUGAGAAGAGACAUGAUUGCACCUGAAGGUGGAAUAUUUUCUGCUGAAGAUGCCGAUAGCUUUGAAUUCGAAGGUGCAAAUAGAAAGAAAGAAGGAGCUUUCUAUAUAUGGACCAGUGAUGAGAUUGAUGAAGUCCUCGGGGAGAAUUCAGAUCUUUUUAAGGAGCAUUAUUAUGUCAAGAAAUCAGGUAACUGCGAUCUCUCGAGCAUGAGUGACCCGCACGAUGAAUUCGCUGGGAAGAACGUACUGAUCGAAAGAAACGAGCUUUCUGCCAUGGCAUCAAAGUUUAGCCUCUCCAUUGACAAGUAUCAGGAGAUUUUGGGUGAAUGCCGAAGAAAGCUUUUCGAUGUCAGGUUGAAGCGACCUAAGCCGCAUUUAGAUGAUAAGAUAAUCGUGUCGUGGAACGGUCUUGUUAUCUCGUCUUUCGCAAGAGCUUCCAAGAUUCUCAAGGCUGAGCCUGAAAACACUAAAUACUGUUUCCCUGUGGUGAAUAGUCAGCCAGAGGAUUACAUAGAAGUUGCAGAGAAAGCAGCUUUGUUUAUAAGAGGGAAUCUCUAUGAUGAGCAAUCACACAGGUUACAACACAGUUACAGACAGGGACCAUCGAAAGCUCCUGCCUUUUUAGACGAUUAUGCUUUCUUGAUCACUGGUUUACUCGAUCUCUACGAGAAUGGAGGUGGGAUCGAGUGGCUUAAAUGGGCGAUUCAACUUCAAGAAAUGCAGGCAAGAGGAGCCUACUUCAAUACUCAAGGACAAGACCCAUCUGUUCUUCUCCGUGUAAAAGAAGAUCACGAUGGUGCAGAGCCUUCAGGGAACUCUGUUUCUGCUAUUAACCUUGUGAGAUUAGCUUCCAUAGUCUACGGAGAGAAAGCUAAAUCCUACCUUAACACCGCACAGCGUCUCCUGGCGGUCUUUGAGUUGAGGUUAAGAGAAUUGGCCGUGGCUGUGCCGUUGAUGUGCUGCGCCGCGGAUAUGAUCUCUGUUCCGUCGAGGAAACAAGUCGUAUUGGUUGGUUCUAACUCUUCUGUUGAGCUCAACAACAUGCUUUCUACAGCACAUUCGGUCUAUGAUCCUAAUAAAACGGUGAUUCACAUCGAUCCUUCGAGUUCUGAUGAGAUGGAGUUUUGGGAAGAGCAUAACAGUAAUGUAGCCGAGAUGGCGAAGAAGAACAGAAACUCUGAGAAAGUGGUGGCUCUUGUUUGUCAACACUUCACUUGUAGCCCUCCUGUCUUCGACUCUUCUUCUCUCGUUCGCUUACUCUCCAAGUAACAAAGAGAUUCCAUGUUUUUAAUGGUUGCUUGUGUUUUAAGGAACAACAUGAACGUUUUUGUUCUGUAUAACAGAGUUGAUCAAUAAAAUACAGGAGGCGUCCUCUGCUCAGAGAGAAGUAAACCGAAUUUUGUAUGAGGUUUCUUUUGGUUGAACUCAACCGGAAUUAACCGGAUUUUGUCAUAUUCCUUAUCAUCUCUAUCCUCUCCAGCAACAGAGAAAACGUGGAUUCGAUCGCCGAAAAUGGCAUCUCACUCUUCGACUCUCUUCUCUUCUCCUUCUUCGUUCAAUCUCUUCUCCUCUCAUCGUCUCCAUCUUUCUCCGAAUUACUUCACUCUCCACUAUCAUCGUCCCGGAAAGAGAUCCGAUUUGAACUUACGAUGCUCAGUCUCUAUCGAAAAGGAAGUUCCCGAAACCGAAAGACCUUUCACUUUCCUCAGAGACUCUGAUGGUGAUUUUGAAUCUUCUUCUGCUUCGGUUAGGGCUCGUUUCGAGACAAUGAUAAGAGCUGCUCAGGACAAUGUCUGCGAAGCCAUUGAAGCAGUCGAAGGAGGCCCCAAAUUCAACGAAGAUGUUUGGUCUCGACCCGGCGGAGGCGGCGGAAUCAGCCGUGUCUUGCAAGACGGAAACGUCUGGGAGAAAGCUGGAGUCAACGUCUCUGUGGUUUACGGUGUUAUGCCUCCUGAAGCUUAUAGAGCAGCUAAAGCCGCCGCGUCUGAUCAUAAACCCGGCCCGAUUCCGUUCUUCGCCGCCGGAAUUAGCUCGGUCUUGCAUCCGAAAAACCCUUUUGCUCCCACCCUGCAUUUCAAUUACCGCUACUUCGAGACCGACGCUCCAAAGGAUGUUCCUGGAGCUCCGAGACAAUGGUGGUUCGGUGGUGGGACUGAUUUCACACCUGCUUACAUUAUCGAAGAGGACGUCAAGCACUUCCAUUCGGUUCAAAAGCAAGCAUGUGACAAAUUCGACCCUUUCUUCUACCCUCGGUUCAAGAAAUGGUGUGAUGACUACUUUUACAUCAAGCACCGUGACGAGAGGCGAGGGCUUGGAGGGAUAUUUUUUGAUGAUUUGAAUGACUAUGAUCAGGAGAUGCUUCUGUCAUUUGCCACAGAAUGUGCAAGCUCAGUGAUACCAGCUUAUAUACCCAUAAUAGAUAAACGUAAAGACACGCCAUUUAACGAGCAACACAAGGCAUGGCAACAGUUGCGAAGAGGGAGAUAUGUUGAAUUUAACUUGGUGUAUGACCGUGGAACAACAUUUGGUCUGAAGACAGGAGGGCGAAUAGAGAGUAUUCUUGUCUCUCUUCCGCUAUCCGCAAGAUGGGAAUAUGACCAUAAACCGGAAGAAGGAACUGAGGAGUGGAAGCUAUUAGAUGCUUGUAUCAAUCCAAAAGAGUGGAUUUAGUUAAUUUAUUGUGGUUACUUUUGAGUUAUAGCCUUAAAAGGGUAAGAGUCUAAUGAAGAAGAGUGAGAAAGAGAGAAUGUGUGAUGAAAAGGCCUUACCCUGUAAUUUUGCGUCAUCUCAUCAUGAGUUUACUGACCAAAGGAAGGUCAUGAUUGUGAUGAUGGAGUGUACAAUACCAUUGAUGAUGAUGAUAAAAGUAUUAAACUUUACAAACUUACUGACACAGUAAAAAGCAUGAGUCUUGUCAGGUUAAGAGACGUUGGCUCAAAGAAACAAGCCUCUCUCGGUGCACGCACACGCGUGAGCCACUUGCUCGGUAGAUGUUAACACGAGACAGAACAAAAGUUGGUGAGAUAACUUUGAAUCUGAUGAUAUGAUUUGUAUAUAAAAUAUCGUUUCAAGAUUCAACCACUCGGUUUUGUGUCUAAACAUUUCGG